UAUAACCAAUGAGUGAGGAAAGCGAGGAAGGCGACCCUGGGUGGCAGGUAGACAGCUAUGGACGAUACUACGUGUCAAAGGGAGAUUGGUGGGCCAUCAUGGAUCAGGCAACAGGUCGACUAUACUAUCAAAAUCACCUAACCCAACAAACUCAGUGGGAUAUCCCGGAUGAUUGGAAGCACGACCGCGAGAAUGAGACAGACAAGAUGAUGAAGCGUCCGGCCAGAAGACAGAUGAAACCUCAAGACAAGUCUCGUACUCACUGGCGCCCCGAAGGAGCACACGAGUACAACAUUUGGUAUCACAAGUGGGUGGGAGAGCAUUGGAAAGGAGACAAAGACCAAGGACCGGCAGAUACACGUUGCAAUAUCAAAAGAGACACGGGAUAUACGAAGGGUUCUCUUCAGGACCCGAAGAGCGAGAGGGUGUUCUUUUGCAUGUAUUUUGCGAGAGGCUGUUGUGAGAACGGAGCGGAGUGUAACUACCUUCAUAGACUGCCACUACCAAAGGAUGAGGAACGGAUUGAUCUCGGUCACGAUUGUUUUGGUCGAGAUCGUCAUCAGUCGCAUCGUGAUGACAUGGGAGGCGUCGGAUCAUUCGAAAAGGAGUGUAGAACUCUCUACGUUGGCGGAUUGAGUAUACGCAGUGGAUUAGAGAAGGUUCUAAAGACCGAGUUUGAAGAGUGGGGCGAACUGGAAGAAGUAAAAAUCAUUCCAAGAUUACACAUUGCAUUUAUAACUUACAAGAAGAGACUCAAUUCUGAGUUUGCCAAGAUUGCAAUGUCAGACCAGCAACUAGAUGGAGGAGAGAUGUUGAAUGUCAGAUGGGCCUAUGAUGACCCUAAUCCGAAGGCAAAAGUGAAGGUUGUUGAAAGAACAAAGCAACAGUUUGCCGAAGCUUUGCAGGCUUACUACAGUGAAGGCAAGGGAGUACAAGAACCACAGCCAUUGCAACCAUAUGCCGACGGUUGCGUGAUUGGUCCAUACCCCGACACAUCAGAGCAGUUUGCAGCGGCCGAAGCUGCCAGCAAGGAAGAGGAAGAGAAAGCCGAGCUUAUGCGGAGGAUUGAGGAAGACUGUGAUCGCCUCAACCAAGCUUUUAGACUUGCCGAAGGUGGAGAUGAUCAGCAUACUGGGAAUGCUGCAUCACCCGCUCUCUCAGCUCUGCCUUCACAACCACCACCGACACUUGCUAGUCACUCAUCUAGUGCAACUAUCCCAUCAGCAGCUGGCCCCAUACUACCCAGUCACUCCAUGGUGAAACACAACGUUACUCGUUCUGUAGAUCCCUACCGAGCCGCAAUGAGAGAGAAAUUCAAGGCGAAGUAGUUGAGCAGCAUGCUACAGAUUGAUGCCAAUGUACAGGCAGAUAGUAGCGUUUUGUUUCGAUGGGAUAUGUACAGUACUACAGUAUUAAAUGCAUGCAGCAUCCAGUGCAGCUUGAACUGUUGCAAGGAUACACGUGAUUGGCACAGAAAAUUGUAGCAUGUUGUACUGUGAUUUGGACAACUUGUACAAUGUACUGUAACGGUCGGUGGUAAUUAGCCCAUAGAGUAUGGCCAGUAUCAAAAUUUGCACCAAUUGUUCCAUAGUGCGCAUGCUUAAUUAAAUCAUGGUCACGUGGUUACCACUCUACAUUUGAAUAAGAUAAUUCUUGAGUGUU